AUGGGUAAGAUGGCCGGUACUCUUCAGAAAGCACUUCCACUGCUUGGGCUUGCAGCUAGUGCCACGGCUGCUUCCACUUCAAACAUCUUUUCUGUCCCAGAUUCCGCUUGGAAGUCACUCAAUGACAGUGUCUCUGGUCGGUUGCAUCUCGCCUCACCUGCGGGACUGCCCUGCUUUACCAGUUAUGAGAAUGCAUGGGGGCUUGACGCAAAUGCGCCCAACGCAGCACAAUGCCAGAUUGUAGAAUCUGGGCUGUCGACGUCGCUGGAUAUCAUCUCGAGAUUUGGAGGUUACCAUAACCCAACUUUCAGCACUUGCAUGAGGCGCGGCCAGAGAUGCACCCUGACCGCAACCGGAGGCAUUCGCAACGAUACCUGCUUUCAAGGAACUGUCCCCGACUACUAUGUAGAUGCUCGGUCAGUUGAAGACAUCCAAAAGAGUCUAGUGUUUGCACAGCAGUACAAACUUCCCGUCACUGUCAAGAACACUGGCCACGAUUACAAGGGCGGAAGCGCAGGCGUCAACACGUUUGCCAUCUGGACGCACAACUUGGCCCCUGACCCGGUGAUUACUGAAAACUUCACCCCCGACGGGUGUCCCAGCCCCGUCGGACCCGUCGUGACAUAUCACGCCGGCCAAAUCGGCACCCACUUGUACAACAGCCUUCAGGGAACCGGUUAUAUGUCCGUUGCUGGUUCAUGUCCCUCUGUCGGACCUUCUGGGGGAUGGAUUGCUGGCGGUGGCCACGGCAUCUUCGCGCCGUCGUUUGGUCUCGGUGUGGAUAAUGCCCAGCAGAUAAAAGUUGUACUUCCCAACGGAACAUUCGUAACAGCCAACCGAUGCCAGAACCAAGACAUCUUCUUUGCUCUCCGUGGCGGCGGUGGAGGUACUUUUGGCGUGGUGACAGAAACUACCACCAAGCUUCACCCAGACCAAGAGUUCUCUUAUGUGUUUUUGCAAAUGCCCGUACCGGACGCUCGCGCAGCCAACGAACUUUUGGUUGCAAACGCCGAGAGGUGGUCUGACGAGGGUUGGGGAGGUCUCUACGGAGUGAGGGGCAUCGUUGCUGGCAGCAACAUUUUAUUCCUCGGCUACAAUGCCAACCUCAAUCUCGACGAGGCCAAGGCUUCUCUAAAGCCAGUGACGGACUUUCUUGCAUCCUUGCCGGGCAGUGGGAACCUGACUAGCAUCUUCAAGACCCUGCCGAAUCAGUUCAGUGCGCAGAACGACCCCGUAUUGCUCUCGAUUCUCUCGCCUGAGGCUGGAGUUUCUUUGACUCGAUCAUCCAGAUUGGUACCCAAGAAGAACUUCCAAACCGCGGAUGGGCAAAAGGCGAUUGUCGACGCCCUCAUGGCUAACAAGUUUGGCUGGGGAGCAGUCAUUGCAUCGCCAACCAACUAUACCUUGGCCGAGUCAGACCAGCCCGGCGGCCCGGGCGAGGCUUCGGUGUCACCAGCAUGGAGAGAUUCCGUGUGGCACUUGACUUAUGGAACGAACUGGAAUCCAGCGGAUCCUGUCGCCACAAGCCCUGAAGCUCUCGCGACCAGGUUUCGGGAGAUUAGCGAGGCAAUGGACCCCAUGCGUGCCAUUACGCCUGGGGCCGGCGCGUAUCAGAAUGAGGCUGAUGUUUAUGAGCCGGAUCCCAUCGGAUCGUUCUGGGGGGAGAAGAACUAUGCCCGCCUCCUGGCCAUUAAGAAACAGCUCGACCCGGAUAACUUGCUGUCGUGCUGGAACUGCAUUGGGUGGAACGUGAAUGAUGAACGACACGAGUGCUAUCUCAAUGUGCGAGGCAUUGGGCCAUCAAACUAA